UCAGUGUUUACAUCAGGAGAACGGAAAUAGGUCUAGACAACAUGGUGGAAAUGUGCUGUUAUUAGCGCUAAUGUUACCACGCUUUAAAUGGUUACAGAAAUCGUAUUAAAGGAGUCUGUUGCUCCAAAAUGGAUUAAAAUAACUCAAAUACAAGUAUCCAUUUAUUGCUCACACGCGGCUUUGAUUUUGUGGUCAAUUGAUGUCUAAAAUCAGCGGCUGAAAUGUCCAAACCUGCACUACUUUCACUUCAUCAAGCACUGAGGAAAAGCUUCCAGAGUCUUGAAAACAAUCAGAAAGUAUGGACGACUGUGUUGGCCGAUUGCAGCCCUCUGAUGGUGUCUCUCGGGAAUUUGGCAGAGCAGUCGAGAGCGCUUUCCAAUGUCCAAAUCUCCAACACACCGCUCAGAGACUUUCCUGACCUGGAGGAACGGCUGCGUUUCAAGCUCUUACAAGCCACGGAUACAGUACUGGGCAAACUCAAUGAAAAGAUGUCUUCUCUACAGUCUGUCAGAGAUUCCAUCAGUAACCAGGUUUCUGCAGUCUUCCAGCUUUACGAGCAGAACACAGUCAGUCUGGAUCUGCUGACUGUAACCGAGCGCUCGGCCACCGCCCCGUCACUCUCUGACAUGCUGGAGUGGCUGCAGGAUGCCGAGCGUCACUAUCGACAACAAUUUCUGAGGAGGAAGACUCUGCUUCAGACACUGAGAGCAGAUGAUCUCUCCCUUUUAGAAUCUGCUCCCAAAAGAUGGAAAUCCAUGGAGUCUCCCAGUGCAGAAGACCGCAUCACAGAUACACUUUGCAAAGUGUCCUUUUUUAUUGAGUCCCAAUGAAGAGCAUAAAAGCGACAUAAGUGGAACUCUGACCAGCUUGUGAAUCUUACUGCAUUUCUACGAAGACAACGAGAGCAGGAUCGCUAAAGGAAUACUGAGUAAACAUACAUGUAUACCUCAGAUGAACGCAUUUCCUGUGGAUGUUAGGAAGGACUGGAUUUUUAUUUUGUCACAAAUGUCUGUAGACAUGUUCUUGGAUGGGAAGUGUGUGAAUGUACCAGACGUUAUGGUAAUUACCACAUGGCAGAAGAUGCCUUUUUCCUUGAUUGAUGAAAAUCACUAUGUCACAUUGUUGCCUGUGAUGGUCAAAAUGGCCCAAACCAAAUGUAUUUUUGAGAACAACCAGCACACACGAGGAUAAAGACAGUUGCAAAGCACAGUUUGUGGAGCAUGCUUUAACAAACUUAUUUUAUUUCACACUUUCUAUGUCAGCUUUAUGUGACAAAUAAAGAGGCAAUGACAUUGUCAGAGAAUAA